CCAUCCGCUAGCGAUCGAACGGUCACAUCGAUCACUCCUCCUGUCCAUAUUUCCAAACCCUAACCUUAAGAAGUGCGCGCCUCCUUAUCCGGCAACAUUUCUUCAGCGGAGCCGGCCGGGAAGGGCAGAAGCAUCGACUCUGCGACCACCAUGUCGAGAAGAAAGACCAGGGAGCCCAAAGAGGAGAAUGUGACACUGGGACCUACCGUACGAGAGGGGGAGCAUGUUUUUGGUGUUGCCCAUAUUUUUGCUUCUUUUAAUGAUACUUUCAUACAUGUCACUGAUUUAUCCGGAAGAGAAACAAUGGUCCGCAUUACUGGUGGUAUGAAGGUCAAAGCUGAUCGUGAUGAAUCAUCUCCAUAUGCAGCUAUGCUUGCUGCACAAGAUGUUGCACAGCGAUGCAAGGAGCUUGGUAUAACUGCUCUACAUAUAAAACUCCGUGCAACUGGUGGAAACAAGACCAAGACACCUGGCCCUGGUGCUCAAUCUGCACUUAGAGCUCUUGCUCGAUCUGGAAUGAAAAUUGGUCGUAUUGAGGAUGUGACACCAAUCCCGACUGAUAGCACCCGCAGAAAGGGUGGAAGAAGAGGGAGGAGGCUGUAGUCAUCUCGUAUGGUUCUUUUUGCGACAGCCAUUUAGUUUUCGGUAGUAGAUUUGUAAUUUGAUGACAGCUGUUGUUUGCCAUCCAAAGGCUUGGAUAACAUCGGAAACUUUAUUAUUGUUUUUCUAACCUUAUCCUUUGUUAUGGUAAUGGAGAAAAUUGGUGUGUUCCAUCUAA